GUAUAAAGAGCGCAAGGGGACAUUCCUGAAAAAAAAAAAACGACCGAAAACACGUGAAUCUAGAUCAGAAUGGCAACGCUUAACAGUAUUGGAAUACUGGAUCCCGGAACUAAUGAUAGUCAAGUCUACCGUUGUACUUUAAAAGAACAAUUCAAGUACAUUCUCCUCCCAGUGAGUUACACUUUGGUGUUUGUGUUUGGUCUGGGGUUGAACAUCACGGCCAUGUACAUCAUCCUGUUUCGCACCAAACACUGGAAGCCCAGCACCAUCUACAUGAUCAACCUCAACGUCUGUGACACGCUUUACAUCCUCACCCUGCCGUUCCUCAUCUACUAUUACGCUGAUAAGAACGACUGGCCGUUCGGUGAGCUGAUGUGUAAGCUGAUUCGCUUUCUCUUCUACACAAACAUCUAUGGAAGCAUCCUCUUCCUCAGCUCCAUCAGUCUGCACCGGUUUUUAGGCGUCUGCCACCCGAUGCGCUCUUUGUACUGGAUGAACAGCCAUCGUGCUCGUUUGAUUUCUGUGGGAAUAUGGGUGAUCAUUCUCAUCUUACAGGCACCUAUUCUUUAUUUUUCCCAGGUGAGACAUAAUGGUAAUGAUCUGGUCUGUCAUGACACCACCAUCAAGGAGCUUUUCAAUGACUUUCUGGUCUACAGCACGGUGGUGAUGUUUCUGCUUUUUGUCCUACCGUUUGGGGUGGUGCUGUUCUGCAACGGCCUGAUGGUGAAGAAACUUCUUGAUCCCAGUGUUCUCAGAGAACCAAUGUCACAGUACUCCAAACGGAAGUCAGUGAAGAUGAUUAUUAUUGUGCUCCUGGCUUUCAUGGUGUGCUUCUUGCCUUUCCAUGUGAACCGCAGUAUAUACUACACCUUCCGUUACCUGGACAAACACGACUGCAACAUAAUACGACUCUCCAACAAUGCCUACAAGGUCACGCGACCUCUGGUCAGUCUCAACAGCUGCAUCGACCCCAUCCUCUACUUCAUGGCAGGACAAAGCUUCAGAAACAGCAUCAACAAGAAAUCAAGAAUAAAGUCUCACAAAUCCCCUUCAGCAUUACAGUAAAAAAUCAGGACUUUUUAAAAUGUCUUUAUUUCAUAGAAUGACCCGUAAAGAUCCUGGCUAGGAUUUCUAAACUGCCUAAAAUGUCCGGCUGUAUUUGCGUUGCAUUGCUUUGACUGUUUUCUGUAGAUCCCACCUUCUUGGAUGCUACGAAUGGUUGAUUAUGCACAAUGCCUGCACGCCAUUGGUCAAACUACUUUUGUGUCAUUACUUCUUUAACAAGUGUAAAAACAAUGCCAGAACUGGACAUUUUAGGCAGUGCAGAAAUCCUGGCCAUGAUCUUCUUAGGAAAUCAGAACUUUUCACACUGCGCUUAAUAAUUUAAAAUAUGUAGCUAAUUUAGAAUCAAGGUUGAAUUAGCAACAGACACCCAAUCGUGUGCCUUACCUGUCAAACGGUGACAGAAAAAAAUCAGUUGGAUCGAAGAGAGCAUUUAUUCCUCACUUAUAUAAUAUGCAGCUAAUAUAAAUGAUAUAAAAAUAGCUGCCUUCGAGCAUGUAAUAGUGCAACUCUUUGAUGACAAUGUGGCAUUCUACUCAGAGCGCUUCCAAGCAGGGUUGCCAAGUUCUCGGUUGGUUUUGUUGCGCAGACCUGGCAACCCUGCUUCCAAGUCAUCAGACUCGGAAUUAUGCAUUUAUCCGUCUAGAUUUGGCAUGCUCAAAGUCUAGUGUAACACGGCAUAAUUAACUAUUUAAAGUGUGAAAAGCCCUAUUGUUUAUGUCAAUGUAACAUUUUCCUGGUAAUCAUCAGGUUAUUGCAUAUAAUCCGUCCAAUAGCAUGUGAGAUCAAAAUAGUGUGUUAGUAUACUGAAAAUGCCAUAGCUUAUACUGUUUUUUGUGGAUUUUUAAAGUGCGAAUUUCUUAUGUAUUUAUUUUAUAAAACAUUUAAACUUAAAAAUGCAAAAGCACAUUAUACACCACUCUUCAAAGAAGUUUUAGGUCAGUAAUUGUUUUUCUUAAAGAACUGAAUACUUUGAGCACACUCUUAAAGGAAAACACCACCGUUUUUCCAUAUUCCACUAUGUUCUUCCAUUUACUUAGACAAGUUGAUAUGUACCUCUCCCUUCUCAGUGCAUGCACUUAAUCGCUGUAGAGCGCAGCACCACCAUGUAGCAUUUAGCUUAACACCAUUCAUUCCUUAGGAUCCAAACAUGGAUGAACAAUUCUUUACUUUUCUUUUCCUUUUUCCUUUUUUUAUGGAGUGUUUAAGUACCCAUGGGUUUAUGCAGAUUGUUAUUUCUGCGUAUGUGUAAUGUUUUAUUAUUUUCUUUUCUCCUGUCUAUAAUGUAUUGUAUUUAUGGACCUUGUUUGUUUAUUUGGUACAGUUUGAAGGGGGAGCUAGCCCUUAUAAAUAAGGAGCUAUGGAGCUUAUCAUGCCAGUCUUGUUUGUUGAAAACUCAAGGAGAGACCCUGUUGCAAAUUGGACCAAAGUAUUUAUUUGGUGUAGUCUUACUUUGCACAUUGUUGCAGUUUGUUUUGUACAGUUUUUGUUUGUAGUCCAGUAUGUGUCCAUGGAAUUUGUCCCCACCCUGCGGUAAUAAACCACCUUUUUGGGGUUCACUGAA